GUGUUUUAUUGUUUACCGACUUGAGAUUGAAUCCGACUAAUCGCACUGCAUUUGCUCUCUCAAUUUUACAAGGGGUAAAUUAGGAAGAAAAAAAAAACAAGUCAAGAAGGAAAACAAAAGGAAAUUCAUUUUCCAAUUAUUUUCGAACCUCCGAAAAUCAACUCGAAAGUGAGAGACAUUCAUCGUUAUCUUCUUCUUCAACAAGUGAAAUCUCAGAAAGCUUCUGCAACAAUCAAUUUCAUCCGCCAUUGAAGAGGGAGAGACAAAGCUCUAAGAUAAGAGAUAAAGUGUGAUGGCAAGUACUGGAAGAGAAGCAAGACGACGUCGUAUUUUACAAGGAGGACAAGAUCGUCUAGCUCUCAUCACAGGUCGAAAACCUAGUCUCUCAUCUGAUGCCAAUGAUUCCGAUUCAUCUCAACCGUUUGUUCCUCAACAACAGUAUCAUCAAGAUCUCAAAUCAGUUCUUCCUUCUGAUCAACCUUCAGUCUCUCGAACUGAUGAAGACAAACCCUCAUACUUUAUGCACGAUCAAUCUUCAAACUUCAAUCAGGAUGAUGCAUUAGGUGGCCGAGACAAAGAAGAACCCUUGUUAAGAAAAUCUGAGCCAGUAACUGAACCCCCAAGAGCAACUGCAUCUGAAGAUAGCAGCAAAAGAGAAGCUUCUUCCGGAGUUCAGAAAGUGCUUGAUGCUGCACUAGGGGUCGCCCAACAGAUCCCCAUUAGUAAUGUAACUUCACAGCAAGUAAAUGUGGCUGUAGCAGAGACAGAGCAUGAUAGAUUGUUGUGUUCUCUAACAAUAGCAAUCUUAGUUGUCCUGUCAUCCGCUGGAUUUCCAAUAGUGGGCAGCAAGGUAUUUAGGGGGAUCUUAUUAUUUCGACCACUCUUUCUCGUUUUGAUAACCAAUAUAACACUUGUCAUCCGGAGACUACUACCUGAUAAUCGGAAGAAUGUGUUACGAGGUGAUAAAGAUAGAACGUCACUUUUAGGUGAUGGGUAUGCUUGGGCUGAAGACGCUGGGAGGGCGUUAGAGCUGGGAUUGACUCUAAAGAACCUCUCGGGUUCACUAUUCAUGGAUUGCAGCGUGUAUGCUACGAUUGUUGUAUUUGGCCUUUCUCUGUUUGGCUGAAAGCCACAUCUCUAGUUUUUCUAGGCUAAAAAUUUUCUCCAACUGUAACGUACUCAACUUUAGUCAUGUUAAGCAAUUCUUUACUUUAGUAACUUCCAUUGCAAAUUUCUUGUAUGCGCUAUAGUUUCUUUCAGCUUUAGAUUAAAGUUUUGCAACAAGCGUUGUACACAGCAUCUCAUCAUUGGCUGAAAAACCACAUCUAUAGGUUUUGUAGGAAUUUUUUUUUUUUGCCUAAUGUAAUAUUUAUAAUAUCAUAAUGUUAAACUCUUCCUCA